AUGGCUACAUGCUUCUUUUGCUCUCCGAACAUCCUCGCCUCGCCACCGUUUGUUUCCUGUCUUUUUGCCGAGGCGGGUGCAGGCAUAACAGGGGAAUUGUUGACGACCUACUUGCCAGGGCUGGAUGACGCCCCACAGGGUUAUACACCUACCCGAUUCCAAAGGACACAAGUUACUGCGCCGACUGCUACUUCCUACCGGAAUCCACGAGUAUCCUCUCACGGCUCGGGAAAGUCAACUACCACAACCGCAUCCGUGGUUUUCACAGGCUUUGCGUUAGCAUUCGAGGAAACUGAUGGCGAUGGACAAUGUUCCACAUCUCUUCACAGUGACUACUCUUCGGUUUACGGCAAGCCUGUGCCGGAGUUUACGAUCUCCUUCUCAGCAGGGCUUUUCUUUGUCUGCCCAAAAACGGCUGGACGAGCUCCUCGUCAAUGGCUCAUCUUUGCAAAGCAAUCGGCACCACGACCAGUAUCGCUGGGCUCGUUCACGGCUGAUUGA